AUGGAUCAAAAUGCUAUCAAUGAUAUUGAAAUGGAUGGAGUAUUCAUCUCAAAUAAUUAUGUAUAUGAAAUGUUAAGUCCAAAUAAUUCCGGAUAUUUUGCAUUACAAACCGUUCAUUCAACCGUUCGACUGCAUUAUGUACAAUCAACCGGAUAUUACUCUGUUCACAUUCUGAGUGAUACGUCGGAAAAUGGUUUUUAUCAGUACUUCGUCACACUUAGCAGUUAUCGAAAUAUAAUUAAAAACAGAGAACAAAAAUCAUACUCAAAUAUAACAACUCGAGAAGUAACAACAGAAAAAACAUUACUCAAAUCAUCAUCAAAACCAUUUCAAAAGAUUGUUUGUGAUAAAGAAUUAUCAUUGAAUUGUAAAUCGAUUACAAACAAUAAAAAUGAGAGCGAUACAAUUAUGUUAGAUCAUCGAAAUAUUGCAAAAGGUGAGCAAAAAUAA